AUGGACCCGUUCCAUCGCAUGGCAAGUUGCAAGAAAACACCUUGCUACAUGAAUCUAGAGUACCCCGGCAUGUUUGCCAUUUUCGUCUCUCACCAGUGGCUGAGUCGAGGGCAUCCGGAUCCUCAUGGACAGCAGACAGAAGUUCUUCGCAAUGCUCUUCAAGCUCUGAUCCACGGUUCUCUUCAUGUGGAGCCCCACACUCCAGGCAUGCUUUAUUAUGAUUUCGCGUUCGAAUGGGACUCCUCCAUGACUGCUAACGUGGCGAAUGGCUAUCUUUUCUUUGACUGGUUUGCCAUUCCGCAGCUCACGGCCCGCCAAGAAGGAGUCAAUGAAGAGGUCACAAAGUCAGACGCAGCCAGAGCUGUACAAUCCAUUCCUGCAUACGUGGAGGCUUGCAGCCUAUUUCUCGCCUUGGUGCCGGAACUGAAGCACGCUGACACAGGUGCCAUUUGCAACUACACCUCUUGGCUUUCCAGAGGUUGGUGCAGAGCAGAGCUUUGGUUGUGGCUCCUGUCCAACCGCCUGGAUAACAAUGUUGUUGUGAUCUACUCUGCCACGGAGUGUGAGUUUAUGUUUCAGUAUGACUGGCAGCACAACAACAUUGCCAGCGGUGACUUCACUGUGCCUUCAGACCGGGCCAUUGUUUGUCAACUUGGGGAAACAGCGGCAGCUGGGAAGCUCAAGCACCUGCAGAUAGGUGGCCCGGUUGAUGCUUAUCGAUAUUUCGCUGCUCACAAGCACAAGCUCUUAGGACUCCAGCCUUUAUGCUCGGAUGUGGAUGACUUCCUCACCCUCUUCCAGUUCGGAAGUUUGGAAGCUGCGGCCAGCAAUCAUACCGGCAUGACUGGACUGCUUUGUGCAGUGUAUGCUGGUCACGUACAGCUUCUACGUUUGCUUGUAGAAAGCAGGGCGGAUGUGAAUCAACGAGUUCGCGGUUUAGGUGAGUUUGGGUUCUACGACAGCAUGACGCCAUUGAUCAUCGCAACGCGAUCAAACCAGGGCCCAGACAUCCUGCACGGGCUCAUUGAACUUGGUGCAGAUGUGGAUGCAAGAGUCCAGCAAUCAGGAAUCAGUGCUGCUGGCUUGGUGCGAUCCCCAGAACAAGUGCAGGUGUUGUCUCACGCACGGGCAGACUUUCAGUCGUGCAGCGAGCCUUUAGGCUUUUGCCCCCUGACAAGUGCCGCUGGUUUUGCAAACCAUGAAACCAUUGCCAGCUUGCUAGCAGCCAGGUGUAAUGUGAACCCUCAGCUGCAGGGCAUCGGCUGUGGGCCUUUGCAUGCUGUCGCAUUGUUUUCACGUGGGAAGACAGAUGCUUUGAAAAAAGCACAGCUGCUUCUUUCUUCAAGAGCUGACCUUGAUCUGCGUGCAAGCCCAUCAGGGUGGUAUGGUUGGCUGUGCCAAAAGGCGCAAAUGGAAAGCAAUGUUUGGGGCUUGGAAGCAUGUAAAGCAAAGGCCCGAUAA